CCCUCUUCCUCUCCCUCAUCACGACCAUCCAACGGGUGCUUACGACCACUCCACUUUACGAUUUCGUCAGGAACUCGUCUCCCAUUCUCUCAUUUAGCCCUCGUCCAAUCAGAAAAUCCUUCAAAACAAAUCACUUCUCGAUCUCUACCAUGGCAGGAACGCAGGUCUUGCCAUCGUGGUUGACCCUCUCCACAACUGUCUUUACGGAUGCUGCCGGAAACCCAACCUACACGAGCUCCACAACGUUUGAGCUUCCGCUCACGUACUAUGGUCCUAGUUUACCAUUGGGAACCGACGGCAUAUGGACAUGGGGAGGCCUCACCUCGCCCGCACCUACAUCCACGAUUACGUCUUCAUCUCCCUCACUGACAUCUACCACCACUCCUGCUCCCUUAUCUACGUCGUCCACUUCACCAUCUACUACAUCACCAUCGUCGACCAGCACCUCUUCCUCAAGCGCCUAUCCAUACAAUGCCCACUCUAUCCUAUCCAAGGGCGCCAUAGUCGGCAUCAUUGUUGGAGGCAUAUUUUUCGCCCUCAUCCUCCUCACUCUCCUCAUAUGCUAUGCACGCUGGCGGAAUCGGCGCCAACACGGCCGGCAGCGCGGGCUCAACACGCCUAUCUGGACAGGGUGGGAGUAUGUUCACCCGCGCGACCCCGAGCAGGGCAUUUAUGAUCCGCGCCCCAAUGCGCCGAGCCCGCACCAGGGCAGUCCGCGCUCGAGUGGCGAGGAAAUCGACCCGUUCCUAACGCGCCCCGUCAACCCGAACGGCGCCCACGCGGACGAGAAGUCGAACCACGGUGGCAGCGUAGGCAACGCCAACAGCAACAGCAACAGCGGCACGAACAACUCCAAGGAUUCCAACCAGACGGCCACGAGUGCUGCCACUGAUUACGGCGUGGUCCUCAACCCGGGUCGCAUCCACGGCGGCGACAUGCCUCCCGUUGACGAGCGCGGCGUUCCCGCACGCCCAAGCAGCGAGUUCGACAGGCAUAUCAUAUCACCCAGCGACCUCCUAAAACUCAGUGAAGAGGACGAUCUUGCCAGUCGCCCGCCGAGGAUGUACGGUGUGCCCAACGUUCAGCUGCCGGAGCAUCUCACUCCCCUCCUUCCGCCGCCUCCGAUCGAUCCGGACCGCGUUUCGUCGAGAAAAUCUUCCAAUCGGUCCAUGCCCGCUGUCGCACCCCUCAGGAUCAAGGAGAAGUCGGGCUCGCGGGACUGGGAUGAGAAGAAGUCAGCGCAUACCGUCUCAUUCCCGAAUAGUGACCUGGAGGAGUCGAAGGUCUCUACCGCUCGUCGUGUGCGCGUACAGGAGCUCGGUUCGCACUCGGCUGUUGACGAGCAGGGUGUCGGUAGUAGUGCAGGUCCGAGCGCUUGGCGCCUGAGCAUCUCGUCGAUCUCGUCACUCGGUGCGAGGGGCAUGCGAUGGCUCACAGGGUCCAACAGCUCCCGUUCCCCGUCUCGUCAAGAUCGCUCGGCGGGCAGUAGGCGUGGGCUUGCUGAAGGAGAGCGACCGAUGUCGACGAUUAGCACCAAGUCCGGCACCACUGUCUAUCACGAUGCGCAUUCCCGCCUCGGUACACCUGUUGCUUCUCGUGCGGGGACACCUUCUGGCCCGCUUCGCCAUCAAGAUAGCGGCCGCUUGGAAGUCCCACACCUGCCUCUGAAUGCUCCGCCGCCGCCAUACAACCGUGAUGCUGUCGACGACGGCGACCUUGGACUGCUUCCCUCAGGUGGUGGCGGCCGUGACGACCUCCUCGAUAUGCCGCCACCUACGCAAGCCUCUCAGUUUGCUGCGUCCCGCAGUGGGCUCUUGCCACCUGGUCUUCCGGAUAUGCCUAAUCCUAUGGUAUGGCGCAAUUCAGCCGCCUGGACUUCGGACUCGGGGCAUCAGCCUUCAAGUGCCGGCGAUGCUGGUAUCACAAUAGAUAUCUUGGACGCUGAACCGCCGGCUGCGAGGGAGGGAUGGAGGUCGCUGGCGAUUGCGGCGGGAGGUGUGCCCAACGAACGGCGGACCACCUUUGGAGCGGUCGUCAAUCCCCCUGACUACCAAACCUCCGAGCAAGGAUCUUUGCACUCCAUGCGUUCGCACUCGCACCUCAACCCCACUUACUCGCCACCCUCGUCAGGCUCCGCCCCGUCAUCAUGGCGCCGCAAGCAGUCUAGCACCAACUCGUCCCAGCCCUCCGCCCGAUCCCAUAUCCGUUCUCCCAGCAGCAAGGGCUCCGAGCUUUCGCAUGCACACCACUCCCAGCCCUCCUGGUCUCAAUCCGGCUCCGGCUCGUCCUACGCCCGCCGCCAAAUGAACAGCUCAGGCUCAAACAGCUUCAACCCCCGCGCCAUCUCACCCUCCGUGUCCGCCCUGGGCCCGGGCGGGUCCACGCUGGGCCUGCACCACUUUGGCGGCAGCGGAGAAGGCCUCGAGGAGUACGACCCGCGCGUGUCGACGCUAGGCCCGAUGCCGUCGUUUGGGCUGCCGACGAUACGCUCGGUGAGCAUGAACACGACGCCGUCGACGAACUCGGACGAUACGGAGGUCACGGGCGCGGGCACGGUGAACCAGGACGAGUCGGCGUCUGAGACGGAGGCGCUGCAUUUCCCGGAUGUGCCGCGGUUUGAAGGGCUCACUGUGCGGAUCCCGUAGAUGGCUGCGCUGAGCGCGGUCUCUUCGUAGAGCGACGGGUGUGAUUAGAAGGAGGAAGAUAUAUGGACAUUGCCCUCGACGGUACUAAAGGUGAUAUGAUGGACUAGACUGGCUGACGACUUCACCGUAUUUUUAUCACGUUCUUGUUCACGAUCGCCACGUUCUUGCGCUUGAUGACUUUCUUCGUCUCCCUUCCACGAUACCUUACGACCCUUUUGAUUCUUGCGAUACCUCGAUUCCCACUCUUGUUACGUUGCUGCUUAUAUUUUGGUCUGCCUGCUUCCCAUUUCACUUCUCUACUCAUUCUUGUGCUUUGACUCUCUGCAUGAUCACGACCGCGUCAUGACUCUUGGCUCUGUAUCUAAAAUGCUGCAUCAAUAUAUGUUCUUGAC